GGGAAGUUCUCUGUGCAUUCAAAAAACAAGAAGGAAGACGAGCAAGGGCAGUAAUGCCAGAUGAUGGUCUAAUCCAAUUUAACUCAGCAGAAUUUGUCAAACAACCGCACUAUCCUGGGGAACAUGGCAAAGAAUGCAUCUUGCGAAAACUGGCUGGCAGCAGAGGCUGGCCUGCAAAAGUACUACCUUUCCAUCUUUUAUGGUAUUGAGUUCAUUGUGGGACUCCUCGGGAAUAGCACUGUUGUUUUUGGCUACCUCUUCUGUCUGAAGAGCUGGAAUAGCAGUAACAUCUAUCUCUUUAACCUCUCUAUCUCUGACUUGGCUUUCUUGUGCACACUCCCCAUGCUGAUAAACAGUUACGCCCAGGAAAAAUGGACCUAUGGAGAUGUGCUGUGCAUUAGCAACCGAUACGUACUUCAUGCCAACCUCUACACCAGCAUUCUUUUCCUCACUUUCAUCAGCAUCGAUCGCUACCUACUCAUGAAACACCCCUUCCGAGAACACCUUCUGCAGAGGAAAGAAUUUGCUGUUUUAAUCUCUUUGGCCAUUUGGGUUUUAGUGACCUUAGAACUUAUGCCAAUGCUUGUUUUUAUAAAUAAUGCUUCAAAUGACAGUAGCACCACAUGCAGUGAUUAUGCAAGUUCUGGGGACGCCAAAUACAGCUUCAUUUACAGCAUGUGUCUAACCUUCCUGGGAUUCCUCCUUCCACUUUUUGUGAUGUGCUUCUUUUAUUUCAAGAUCGCUGUCUUCCUAAAGCAGAGGAUCAAGCAGCAGGUCACCACUGUGCCCUUGGAAAAGCCUCUCAACUUAGUCAUAUUGGCAGUUGUGAUCUUCUCUGUGCUUUUCACUCCCUACCACAUCAUGCGGAACAUGAGGAUUGCUUCCCGCAUGGUGGACUGGAUGCAGUCCCAGUGCACUCAAGUCAUCAUCCACUCCUUGUACAUCGUGACUCGGCCUUUGGCCUUUCUGAACAGUGUCAUCAACCCUGUCUUCUAUUUCCUUGUGGGAGAUCACUUCAGGGAGAUGCUGGUGAAUAGACUGAGGCACCACUUCAAAUCCCUUACAUGCUUUAGAAAAUGAGCUAAUGGGCUGGUGUUUUCAUUCAGAAGAAAACAACGGCCUGUGGAACAGAAUGUGUUACACAAGCAACUGUAGGCCAGUGAGAGUUUGAUUAACUCAUAGUCGUAAAUCAGAGAGUGUCACUGAUCUGCCCCUGAUUUAAAGAUCCAGUGUACCCAGAGUACAUAAAAAGAAGAAGAUGAGAAAAAUUUCUUUGUUCACGUACAAAUUGAAAUUAGUUGCACUAGCAUGAAUGUUUGGGCAUGUAAAUCCAAAACCCUAGGUGUAAUGAUACCUCAAUCGGUGUAAGAAGAAUAGAAGAUGGGUAAAGCAGCAAGCUAUCUGCAUUUAGUCAUUCAUCGGUCAGAUUUUAAAAAGAAAUUGGGCAACAUUCUUUAUGUUAUUCUUAUUCAUACUAUCAUAACUUUAUGUGAUAAUUGUAUAGCAGAUUAUACAUACAUUAUAAAAUAUUGUUCUCAGAAGUUGUGCUCUUAGGAAAAUUUAAAAUAAACAGUAGCAAUAAUGAGCAGGAAAGCAAUAUAACAAAUUCAAGGAUGUCUAUUUAUUCCUUUAUAGUGAUCAUGAAUUGGGUCAACUUUUAAUUUAUCAGUCCUUUUUGGUUGUAUAGUUUAUAGUAUAAAUAAUCACAUUAAAUAGAGAUUUUAACAAAGGAAAAUGAUUGAACUUGACUGCAAGGAAUUUGGAUGUAAAUAGAGAUACCAAGAAAAGUUGCAAAAACCUAGAGUUAUAGAACACAAAGUGCCUAUCAGGAAACUCAAAACAAGACAAACAGCACAAAAGUGAGUCGACUGUGUGAUGAUUGUGCCAUCUGGCAUUUAAUUAUCACACUUUGAUCGUCACUGCAUGCAACGAUAUUAAAGUUUAUUAGCUUUGCUGUUCUUGAUUAAAUAGUAAGCUUUAAAGUAUAUUAAUAUCAUAAAACCAGCAAAUAAAAGGAAGUAAAAUGUUAACACCAGCACUUGUUAGGUAACAUUCCCUUUUGGAGAGACAAUCACAGUUUAUCCCCGCUCCCCUAUUAAUCUGUAAGCACUGGGAAAAUUUAAAGGACGACUUUAUCUUACAGUCACUCACAACUGGAGAGAGCCCUGUUUCCAUAGGACAUUGAAGAAGACCAUUGGAGGAAACGUGCUGAACAGAACACACUCUGAGAAACUGUAGAAUACAAGGAAUAUUAAUGAGCAUAUCAAUAUAGAUUAUGUCAGGAGAGUUAGACACCAUUUCAUGCCACAAAAAAAAAGUUAGGGGGAAAUAUUACUACGUUAACUUUUUAAAUAAUAGUUCACUUAUCCUAUGCAAUAAAUGUAUCUACGGCCAUAAGUCAACAUUCUCUUCCUUGAUGUCAGUAGUUACAGGGGGUAACACAAAGGAUUAAAUAAACAUAAUGAGUGCAGAGGCAUAAAACUCCAUUGUCCUUCUUGUUCUAAGAUACUGUGAUACUAUUGUACUCUAUUACAUCCAAAACCCCAAAACAUUCCUAGUUAAUGCUUUGACACUGCAAGCAACUGAAAAAUUAUGAAAACGAUGCUCACAAAGGAUGUAUUGUCUAACCUAGAAUCAGACUUUUCAGAUUUUGUAUGCCUUGUCUUUGUUAUUAAUACUUUAAAAUUUCAAUGUGAUUUUGUAACUGUCUGAUAAUAAGCUGAAAACAGAAUCUUCUGAAUUUCCUCAUCAGAAAAUGCCAUUAAAAAAGGCUUUAGAAAAGAAGUAUUUGCUUAUUUCUGCAAACUUAACAUAUACUUUCAGCAUAAUUUGUCAUUUAUGCAUGAGUUUCAAUUUGUAAAGAUGAAAUUAAAUUUGCCCACCCGCACCCCAAGCAGUGGCAGGAUUAGACUCUUUCCAAUAGUACCAUGCACUAUUUCAUAAAACCAUUAACUCUUACAUUUAUCUUGUAACCAAAAUGUUAAGUAAUUUCAUAGCAAUUUCUUCAUUUGUUUCUUGCUCAAAUCUAUCAUGUGCUAACUUAAUCUUUAACAGACUAAACAGACCUGCACUAAAAUUAUAAGAGCUGUUCCCUUUGCAUUUUGUACUAGGUAAUCUCAAGAAUCACAAACAAUAAAUAAUGGAAUUCUUUUUGGGGUUUGUCAUUUUCAGAGGAAAUAAAGUUGGGUGUUUGUAUCUUGUAUUUUAAUUGCCUCCUUAGUGUCUUCAGAAUCAUGUCGAAACUAUUCGGUCCAGCGUUUUGCCAUCUGGACCCUCUUACUCUUCAUACAUUAGGUCUUGCCAUUGUUGUCACAAACAAUAUCCUCCAGCCAAAGAUCGCUACUUUUUUCCUUAUACUCAGAAAUCUCUUCAGAGUGUGCACAUGGAUGCUAACCCCCAUUGUAUCAUGCACACACAUGAAAAAAUUAAGUGUUUUUUAAGGUCUACCACAGCUCUCUCUCCUUAAAACAUUCUUUUAUACCUUCUCCUCCCCAAGUCUGGAAGUAAAUCUGCCUAUCUCCGGGGCUUCAAAGUUCUUUUAAGCACUGUUUUUACAAAACACAAUACUUUUACCUUAUAUUAUAGUUGUUUAAGUUCAAGACAACUCUAAUGUCUAAAAUGUCUUAAAUGGUUGUUUAUUAUGAAUGAAUGUCCUACAGAACAAAUUUGAAUUCAAUAUGCCUUGUGAGUGUGCAUGAUCAAACUAUUUUCUGUCCUCACCACUUUGUAAGUGAUGCUAUUUUAUAUAAAGUGUCUAUGCACAAAUAUGUGCCAGCUGCCAUCGCCCUGUCCCUUAUGUUUUCCUCUAUACCGCUGAGCACUUUCAAUGGAUGUUUAUACUCUGUUCCAAAUCUAGGUCAUUUUCAAAGUUGGCCUUCAUGGAUUGCCUUUUCUCUUAAGGGUCGUAAUUGCCUUUUCUCUUGUGGGUCAUAAUUUCCUGU